AUGAAUACUCUCUUUACCAGCCUGUGGACUGUUCUUUUGCUGAGUCCCCUGGUCAGGUCCCAGCAGCUGCAAAGAAGGGAUAUUUUGAAUUAUCUACUGAACCGCUCAACAUAUGACCCUGGAAUUGCACCUGACUACGAAGAAGAUGUGGCUACGGAAGUUGAAGUUCAGCUUGAAAUAACAAGUAUCGACUCCAUCAGUGCCAUAUCCAUGGAAUACUCAAUGAACGUGUUAUUGCAACAGACAUGGAGAGACCCUCGGCUCAACUUCUCUCAUAUCAGCAACAUCAGUGUCCUAGAACUGGACCAGAGACGUAUUGGUGACGUGUGGGCCCCUGACAUCUUCUUCAAGAAUGAGAAGAGCGGCAGCCUCCACACUGUCACAGUCCCAAACAAACUUCUCCAUAUCAACAACGACGGUUCCGUCCUCUACAGUAUGAGAUUAUCAUUAACUCUGUCUUGUAUGAUGGAUCUUCGAUAUUUUCCGAUGGACGACCAGACCUGUUCUAUUCUCAUGGAAAGUUUUGGUUACUCUAAGGAGAACGUUGCCUUGAGGUGGAAUUCCAAAGAACCGGUUAUCUUUGGACUUGACGAUAACGACGAACAGAGCCUACCGCAGUUCUAUUUCUACAAACCACUGGAGACCGAGGGCUGUUUUAGCGUCGACUCGUUUAAUAUAGAGUUUUCCUGUCUCAAAGCCAAGCUGUUUCUUCAAAGAAAUUUGGGAUUCUACAUUGCACAAGUGUUUAUUCCAAGCAUGCUGAUUGUCAUCCUUUCCUGGAUCUCCUUUUGGAUUCACGUAGAUUAUUUACCCGCGAGGGCUUCGCUAGGAGUCGUCUGUGUGCUCACGAUGACAACGCAGAGUUCCGGCAUACGGUCUUCUCUUCCGGUUUUGUCUUACAUAAAGGCCAUUGAUGUCUGGUUGGCUGCUGGCCUUUUGUUUGUGGUUGCCGCUUUAUUGGAAUUCGCUUAUAUAAACGUACAAACAAGAAAACAUCGCAAACAAGCUAAGGACGAUGAGGAAAGCAUGCAGAUUGCAGAACCGCAGGCGAAGACAGAUUUCAUGGACCGAGCUCGACGUGUUGAUAGAGUGUCCAGAAUUGUAUUUCCUCUCUGCUAUGCUGUAUUCAAUCUUGUUUUCUGGGCUGUUUACCUUGCAAAAUAAUUGAUUAUAAUGGACCAUGUUACACUGAUCGAUAUCAGUUGCAUCACUUCUAGCUAUGUAAAUUUGAAGACUGCGCACAUCAUUUCUUAAAUUCAGUUUGUGAACGAAGAUGGUUCUUGUGUCUUUUUGAGGAGAUAAAAUAUGUUUAAUUUAUUUAUAAAUCCAAUUUAAUAGCAUUCGCUUUUUAAUAUGUUUCACAUUGAUUCAACUGUGUCUGUGUUAUAAAUUUGUUUUCAUGUGUUUAUGUGGUUUUGAAAAGUAAACAAAAAUGUUAUUUUGAAUUCAAUAACAAUGAAAAGUGUUUCAUUUUAAAGCCUUUGUAUUGGG